AUGGCACAAGCAGCAGCAUCAACAUUGCCACCCAAACAAAAAGCCCAACUCCACGAAACAGCAGACUUCUUACUCGAAAUCUACGAAACCCUCGCAGACAUGCGAUAUCUCGACCCGAAAGGCAUCAUCCGCGGUCCUCACGAAAUCUCCAAAGACCUGCUUGCCUCAUACCACGAGCACAAGCUCGACCCAUCCAUCAUCUACCUCUACAGCAUCCUACCCUACAUCGACGAACAGGAAGCAGGACAGAGCGAUUGCUUCCAUGGAUCUUCGUUUGCAGAUUUCCGGCAACCCCACGUCGUCCGACGAGGUCGUGAUCCGCUCUAUGCGGAUCCAGAUUGGAGUUUGGAUUUCGAUGAUGAUGACGGUGGGCCGUACAUGAGGCCGUGGUAUACGCCUCUGUCGAAAAUGGGGAACCAUCAGAGUGUGAUUCUGUACGAUGCACGGGAGCAUCGGAUCUGGGUUGUGGAUCAGGAAGGCUGGGACACGACGGAUCCGGGUCUGGUGAAGGGGUGGUUUGAGGAGGAGGAGCCUACUAAAGAAGAGAGCACUUGGGGCGAUAGUGAUGGGAGUAGCUAUGAUGAAGAAGACGACGACGAUGAGGAUGACAUUGAAUCCCACGGAAGUAGCGAGUUCUGGGAGGAGGACGAAGAAAUCAACCAAGAAGAACUCUCCGAUCUCCAGAGAGAGCCGCCAUCGGACCAAGCCGACUUCGAUGAAGGCUUCGAGCUGGUCGAGAAAGGCGAGACGGAAAAGAGCAAAAACGAAAACUCCUUUGAACACAUCCGUUUCCGACCAGCGGGAGAAUUCCUCCGAGAUGUCAAGAGAUGGUACAUGGAACUGAAAGAACUCCCCGGACAGGGUGAACAGAGUCACGCGGAAUGGCGUGCAGAACACGCAAUUCUCAGAUCCCUAUACCGCAAGAACAACUGGCCAUCACGCAAAGACUUUGACGGCGAGAAUUUCGAAGUCGACCUCGCACGAGCCUACUGCGCCCAGAGAGCAAAACAAGCAUCCGAAGAGCCCCUCCGGAAAGUCGAGUGCUUCCAAGGCUGGAGCGAACAUGCCCAGCAUAUGCAGGAAAGACAGACCCAAGCCAUCUCCGUCGCGAAGACCCCCGACGACGAGUGGAAAGCCCGCUUCGGCCUCUGGCAACUCCAAGAACGCGAACGGAAAAAUCUCUCAGACCUGAGGAAAGCAGAAGAAAAAGCCGCCCGGCUCUGUCCGGGAGGGCAAUGUCAGAGAGAAGAAGACUUACCUUUGUGGGAGUUCGAAGAAUGUCGUGUCCAAUUGCAAUGGAAACGGGAGACUAUCGACCGAACCGGCAGUGCGAUACAAGUAUCCGCCGAUGACAGACGAGAUCGUCAAUACCACGAAGCCAGAAAACGCCACGCCGAGAAAAAUCUGAAAAUCUAUGCAAAAGCAUAUGAAGCUUCCAAGGCAGACGCGGAGCGUAUCUGUCCCGAACGAGCGUUUCAAGAUCUUAAUCUGGAUAGGAAAUCUUUAGGACGACCAGAUACCCUAAAGAGUAUCUCGCAGUGCGAAGAGGGGAUCGAAGAGGCGCGGACUGAGUUUCGAAAAGUGGUGGAGUGGGAAGAGAAAGAAUUACCGAAACAUUUGGAGAUCCCGGAGACGAGGAAGGAGGUGGAGAAUUUGAAGGAGCAGUAUUCGAAGUGGGAGAAGAGUGCGAAAGAGAGAAAGAAGAUGUACGAGAAGUGGUUGGAGGAGCAUGGGAAUACGGACUGA